AUGACGACCUCGCAAGAUAAAAAACAAACAAAAGAAAUGGAAAAGGAUCUGGACACCAUAGAUAUUAUGACGGACCCGGCAAGUUAUAAGGAGGGAAGAGAGUUGGUUACUCCUACCAGCUCACAUACGGAGGAAACGGAGAGAACAACCUCUGUCAACAGCCAACCUGGCACAAGCCAAAUGACUGAUAAGAGCGAACUCCGUAGUUCAUCUCGCAACGUAGCAACGAGGAAGAGAAAUACUCGUGCUGCAACGCGUAGGAGCGGCAGGAUAGACAAUAUGUUUCCGUCACGGUCCAGAUCAAGGACCCCCAACAAAAGGGUAGAGUCCACACCGGUCUCAACUUCGCCAGAAAGACCGAAGUCCCCUGAAAGACCGAAGUCCCCUGAAAAAAAGCAGAGUAAAUGGUUCAUCCCCUACAACUCUGACGGGGAGACUGACGAAGAGGCCUUUGCGAAAAAGGCCUUGAGGGGGAGAGGCAGACCCAAAACAACCGGGGAAUAUGACCUCAAAAAGGCGUACAUGGCGAGGAAGGAGAAGCUCCAAGCCAAAAUGAAGGAGGAGAACCUAUUGAAGGCCUCGGACAAUCCGUCGAUCUCGUUUGACGGUCUUACGAAGAAUCGUAAAUAUAGAGCCGAGAUAAACAGGCAAACGGAGAACAUGGAGGAGGCCCCAACUAAUGACCUGGCUGCGUCAGUAAUAGACGCAGCCAAAAAGGUAUUAGGAAUCGUCGUAAAAUCCGGGAAUAUGAAAUGGACGUAUAUAAAGGUCCUAAGAGAUGCAGCCGCUACAAUCACGGUGGGAGCUACUAUGCUCAACAGAAGAGUAGCGGAAGGAGGAGGAAGCAUAGAGCUUUUAGAGGAGGUGCGGAGUGAAAACCAAAGACUCCGCACCUCCCAAGGAGAAAUGAGAAGAGAGAUGGAGGAACUGAGGAACGUUAUCGGCCAAUUAAAAGAGGCGCCAUCACCAGCGCCGGCAGUUCCCCCACCUCUUCAAAGGGCACUACCCCCAACUCCGAUCCGUGUAAAGGAGAAGGAAAUGAGGGAACCUGAUCCACAAGGAUAUAUUUCCCCCCCUAUCGAGGACAUGGAAGACGAAGAUCAACCAACAAUAGGGGUAAUCGAAGUCCAGAAGGGACUUAUAAGUACAAAACUGAUCGAAAAGCAGCAAGAUUCAGAGGAAGAGGCUGAGGCCCUGGAAAGGAAAGUGGUGUCAAUAGUGGCAAAGGUGUUGAGCCAAAUGGCGCCACAAAGCAGGGACAGCCAGAACGAGGUCUCCACUAUAACUGCGGAACAACUAAAACCGCAGAGGCAGCCGAGGAAAAGAAAGAAACAAGGGGCAAAAGGGGUCAAUACAAUGGUAUUGGAAAAGGAAACUGAGAGGGCAAAUACCACCAAGCCUGAGGAAAGUUGGGCUAAGGUGGUGGGAAGGAAGGAGAAGAAGAAAGAGAGGAGAGAAACGGCGAAAAAAGCCCAAACCCAGCCUUCGAAACCUGUGAUCAGGACGGGUAAAAGGGCGGAGGAGGAGAAAAAGGAGAAGAGAAUUAGGAAGAGGAAAGUCCCGAACACGGCCGCGAUAGCAAUAUCGACGGACAACGGGAAGUAUAAAGAACUGUUGGUGGAGGCAAAGGCCAAAAUCGACAUUGAAGAGAUGGGGAUCUCCAGGAUGAAGACAAGAGUGGGAGCCACUGGAGCGUUGAUCCUGGAGAUCCCUGGAGAAAAAAGAGGAGAACAUGCGGACUUAUUCGCCGAAAAAUUACGGGAGGUAGUGGAGGAUAGGGCAAAGAUCAGUCGCCCCCAAAAAAUGGGGAAAAUAAGACUAAGAGGCCUAGAACUAUCCACCACAGAGCAAGAUGUGGCCUAG